AUGACUGUCCCUGACGAAAGCCUAUUCACCUACCCCUGGGAAGCCAGGGCGAUCAAGAAGCGUCAACAGCGUAACGAGGCUAUUCCAGAGGAAUGGAGGCUCCGUCAAAAUCUCCUGGGUAGCCUCAAAACACCGUUGGAGAGAUGCAAAAAUAAUCUCAUGGAGCUGAAUUUGGUCCGCCAAUCUGGAAUUUUGACCGUCAAGGAGCUGCAGAUUACAGAGUCAAGCGAUGUCACUAGUCUGCUGGAAGCACUCGCAUCUGGCCAAUUAACUGCUGAAGAGGUGACAGUCUCCUUUUGUAAACGGGCUGCGGUGGCUCAUCAGCUUACGAACUGCCUCACCGAGAUCUUCUUUGAUCGAGCGUUAGAACGAGCUCGGUACCUAGACAGGCAAAAGGGAAAAGGGCAACUGGUUGGCCCCCUCCACGGUCUUCCUAUAAGCCUCAAGGAUUCGUUCCAGAUUGCUGGUGUAGCGUCGACACUGGGCCUUACGGCCUAUCUGGACCAUAGAGCCGAGUCUAAUUCGGCACUUGUUGAUAUCCUACUUGCCCUCGGAGCAGUGUUGUAUUGCAAAACCAAUGUACCUCAGACGAUGAUGACUCCAGAUUCACACAACUUUGUUUUUGGCAGAACGCUUAAUCCUUGGAAUACUAGUCUCAGUGCUGGAGGAUCCAGCGGAGGCGAGGGUGCUCUAAUUGCCAUGCGCGGCGCUCCCAUCGGUGUUGGCACUGAUAUCGCGGGGUCCAUUAGAGUUCCUGCACUCUGCUGUGGAACGUACGGGUUUCGUCCGACGGCUUCUCGAAUUCCAUACGGUGGACAGCACGGAUGCGCAGAUGAAGGGCUGGCGCAAAUUCUACCCUGCGCCGGGCCCCUCGCAAAUGAUAUGAAGGCUCUCAGUCUUUUCGUUAAAGCCGUGCUACAGGCAAAGCCCGCAUCAUAUGAUGCUUCCGCGCUGGAUGUCAACUGGAGAGAUUUUCAAGGACAAUUCGGGCGCAAGUUGCGAUUCGGACUGCUUCCUGAAGAUCCAACGUAUCCUUUGCACCCUCCAGUGCGGAGAACAGUUGCCGAGGCUUCGCGUCUGCUCCAGGCAAGCGGGCACGAAGUGGUCGAGCUGCAGUCCGCCGAGUGUCGCAUCUCUGAAGCGCUACAGGUAGCCUUUGCCCUGUUUGCGUUGGACGAAACCGCCGAUGGAAUUGUAAAAGCUGCGGGCGAGCCACCGAUUCCCUCCCGCAUCAGAAUUGGCCAAGAGCUGGGUAAAGCUCCACAGCAGUUCGUCUCAGAUUUGCGCAACCUUUCAGAGCUCAAGCAGCUAUCCGGGUUGAACCUUAAAAGACAAGAAUUGAUUAGUGACUGGUGCAGACUCUGGCAAAAGUAUGAAAUUGAUGCAGUCAUUGGGCCGGGGGGUCGCACCACGGCGAUUGAGCAUGACGAGUUCACGCUGCCACCCUACACAGUGCUCAUGAAUGUUCUGGACUGUCCCGCGUGUAUCAUCCCAUUUGGGCGAGUCACGGCAUCAGAUGCUGCGGAAAGACUAGACCUGCAGCCAGGCCAGGUUGUUCCAUCCUAUAACCCUCUGGACCUGGAAGGCAUUCCGUGUUGCGUCCAGGUCUUUACCUCGAAAAUGACGGACGAGAAGUGCCUGUACAUUUCCGAAGUCGUGGACAAGUGUCUGCAAGCGAAGGAGAGCUUUGUCGUUGCAAGAGACGCAGAUGCCUGA